AUGUAUGGGAGGGGUUCAUCGCCAGCUGAAACUGAAACUAAUUCAGUGUCUCUUGAACAUGGCCGCUCCAAAUUCUUGCACCAGUUUACUCAGCAAAAUCUACCGGCUUGUAAGCCCGUCCUCUCGCCUGCGUGGGUAAUAUCUGUGUUUUUUGUGGUGGGAUCGAUCUUUAUUCCGGUGGGGAUGGUCUCCCUUCAUGCUUCAGAAAGCGUUGUUGAGAUUGUGUACAGAUAUGACGUCGAUUGCUUACCAGAACAGUUUAGAGGAAACAAGCUGGCAUACAUACAAAAUGAUCUGAUACCAAAGAAUUGCUCGAAAUCCAUCAAGAUCCCCAAGCCAAUGAAAGCUCCAAUAUACGUGUAUUACCAGCUUGAUAACUACUACCAGAACCAUAGGCGGUACGUCAAAAGUCGUGAUGAUCGACAACUCAUGCAUGGUCUAAAACAUCACGAUACAAGUUCAUGUGCACCUGAAGAUAUUAAUCACGGUCUUCCUGUUGUACCGUGUGGUCUGAUUGCUUGGAGCUUAUUUAACGACACAUAUUCUUUUUCCCGCUGGUCAAAUGAGCUGAAAGUCAACCGGAAGGGCAUUGCAUGGACAAGUGAUCGUGAGCAUAAGUUUGGGAAGGAAGUUUAUCCCUUCAAUUUCCAAAACGGGACACUUAUUGGUGGUGCAACUCUUGACCCGGCCAUUCCUCUGAGUGAUCAAGAGGAUCUUAUUGUGUGGAUGCGUACUUCCGCUCUCCCAACAUUCCGUAAAUUGUACGGAAGACUCGAAGAGGAUUUAGAUACGAAUGAUAUUAUUUCAGUCGAGCUUUCGAACAACUACAACACCUACAGUUUUAGUGGGGCCAAAAAGCUCGUGCUCUCUACAUCGACUUGGUUGGGAGGACAUAAUAAUUUCCUGGGGAUGGCCUACAUUUCUAUCGGCACUUUCUUUUUACUUAUUGCCUUGCUCUUCAUGUUGCUGCAUAUUAAAAAUCCGAGGCCGUAUGGAGAUACAACUAACUUAUCAUGGAAUUAG